UGUCUCUCGCCAUCUUGGGAGGGGAAGGUUGAGCAAGGGCGGAGAGGAAGAGAGAGAGAGAGAGCUGUCGAGAGCUUCCGUUUAUCUGCGAGGUCAGAGAAGGCAGACUACGCGUUACGGUGGUGCUGUUGAAAAAACAGGAUGAAAAUGGCUUGGCAACCUCAGGAAGAAGGACUGAGACAAAUUUUGACGCUGCUCAAGGAGUCGCAGAGCCCGGACACGGCGACCCAGCGUGCCGUACAACAAAAAUUGGAAGAGUUAAACAAAUUUCCAGAUUUUAAUAACUACUUGAUAUUUGUUUUGACAAAACUUACAUCAGAAGAUGAACCUACCAGGUCUCUGAGUGGACUGAUACUUAAGAACAAUGUAAAAACUCAUUUCCAUAAGUUUUUACCAGAAGUUAUAAAUUUCAUAAAACAAGAAUGUCUAUCGGCAGUUGGAGAUCCGUCUCCGCUGAUUCGUGCAACCGUUGGUAUUUUAAUCACUACCGUUGCAUCAAAAGGUGACUUAACAACUUGGCCAGAGUUAUUGCCAGCAUUAUGUCAAAUGUUAGAUUCGCAAGAUUACAACGUGUGCGAAGGCGCGUUUGGCGCGUUACAGAAGAUUUGUGAAGAUUCAGCGGAAACAUUGGACUCAGAUGCUCUAAAUCGUCCUCUGAAUAUUCUGAUACCUAAAUUCCUUCACUUUUUUAGACACUCAAGUCCCAAAAUCAGAUCCCAUGCGAUAGCGUGUGUCAACCAAUUUAUUAUUCAACGCACGCAAGCUCUUAUGAUACACAUAGACAGUUUUCUGGAAAAUCUCUUCCAUCUAGCUUCAGAUGAAGAUUCUGAAGUUAGAAAAAAUGUAUGCAGGGCUUUGGUUAUGCUGUUAGAAGUACGAAUGGAUAGAUUAAUACCACAUAUGCACAAUAUAAUAGAAUAUAUGUUAAUGAGAACUCAAGAUGCUGACGAGGGAGUAGCAUUGGAAGCGUGUGAAUUUUGGUUGUCACUUGCAGAGCAACCGAUUUGUAAAGAAGCACUUGCACCACAUCUGACACGAUUAGUACCUAUUUUAGUAAGAGGUAUGAAGUAUUCCGAAAUUGACAUAAUCCUUCUUAAAGGAGAUGUAGAAGAAGAUGAAAUGAUACCGGAUAGAGAAGAGGAUAUCCGACCACGUUUUCAUAAAUCAAAGACACAUCACUCUCAUCACGCUAACGGCAUGGGUAGACAACACACAGACGACGUAAACGUCAGUAUAAACAAUGGAUGUGAUGAUGAAGACAUAGAUGUUGAGGAUGGAUCUGAUGACGAUUCAACUUUGAGCGAUUGGAACUUGAGGAAGUGCUCAGCUGCAGCGUUAGAUGUGUUAGCUAACGUUUUCAGAGAAGAUCUUCUUCCUGUUUUGGUACCUAUCUUAAAAGAAACUCUUUUUCACCCUUCUUGGGAAAUUAAAGAGUCCGGUAUCUUAGCAUUGGGAGCUAUCGCUGAAGGUUGUAUGAGCGGUAUGAUUCCUCAUCUAUCUGAGUUGAUACCUUACUUGAUUGGCUGUCUAAGUGAUAAAAAGGCUCUCGUUCGAGCCAUAACUUGCUGGACGCUAAGUCGUUAUGCACAUUGGGUUUGUGCACAACCACAUGAAACUCAUUUAAAACCUCUUAUGACAGAGUUGCUCAAAAGAGUGCUUGACAGUAAUAAACGUGUUCAAGAAGCUGCGUGCUCCGCUUUUGCGACUUUAGAAGAAGAAGCCUGCACCGAGCUGGUUCCAUAUCUUGGAUUCAUUCUUGAAACACUUGUUUUUGCUUUCGGUAAAUAUCAGCAUAAAAAUCUUCUGAUAUUGUACGAUGCAAUCGGCACUCUCGCUGAUUCUGUAGGACAUCACUUGAACCGACCAGAUUACAUUAAUCUCCUUAUGCCACCUCUUAUUAACAAGUGGAAUGUUUUAAAGGAUGAAGACAAGGAUCUAUUUCCUUUGUUAGAAUGUUUAUCUUCGGUAGCGACUGCAUUGCGUUCUGGUUUCUUACCAUAUUGCGAACCAGUUUAUAGGCGGUGUGUGUCGCUUGUCGAACAGACACUGAAUCAACAUAUAGCAAGCACUCAAAGCCCGGAACAAUUCGAGGCGCCUGAUAAAGAUUUCAUGAUAGUAGCAUUGGAUCUUCUUAGUGGAUUAGCUGAAGGACUGGAUGGUCACAUGGAACGUUUAGUAAUGAAUAGCAAUGUUAUGCAGCUGUUAUAUCAGUGUAUGCAAGAUAGCAUGCCUGAAGUUCGCCAGAGCAGCUUUGCUUUAUUAGGAGACCUCACGAAAGCUUGCUUCCAACAUGUGCUCCCCUGUAUACCCGAGUUUAUGCCUAUACUUGGACAAAAUUUGCAUCCACAAUUUAUAUCAGUGUGUAACAAUGCAACCUGGGCGAUCGGCGAAAUUUCGAUAAAACUUGGACCUGAUACAAGUGCAUAUAUUCCAUUGAUUCUGACACAGCUUAUCGAAAUAAUUAACCGACCAGACACACCAAAAACACUGUUAGAAAAUACAGCCAUAACGAUCGGUCGCCUAGGUUAUGUGUGUCCCCACGACGUCGCCCCCAUGUUACAGCAGUUUGUCCGCCAGUGGUGUACUUCGUUACGAAGCAUAAGAGAUAAUGAAGAGAAAGAUUCUGCCUUCAGAGGCAUGUGUCAAAUGAUAACUGUCAAUCCAGCCGGUGUUGUUCCGGACUUCAUCUUUUUCUGCGAUGCUGUGGCAUCAUGGUCGGCGCCAAAAGAAGACUUGAAAGAGAUGUUUCAAAAAAUCUUGUUCACUUUCAAAAAUCAAGUGGGUGAAGAAAACUGGAAGCGUUUCUCUGAUCAAUUUCCACCGCAGCUCAGUGAGCGGCUCCAUAAUAUGUACGGUGUCUGAAUAGCUCCCCCUAAAAAUGAAGGCCGCUUACCGGAGCAGGCCGAACGGGGUUGGGUGGGAAACAAUGGGCGAAUGGGACGGGUGGGUGAAACCACGGCCUCUUCUCACCAACAUCGUUGUCGUUACCGUAUCAUCGUAGUAUGCAUCGUCGUUAUUUUGGGGAGAAUGUUGCACGCUGGGCAUUUAGCCUCGGCGGCGAAUAAGCUUCAAGUUCGACGAAAGUAAGAAACGGGAAAGUCUCUUGAGAAAGAAGCAACUUAAAAACAAGGAGAACGACAAGAAAUAAGUACUGGCCGGAAAAGUAAACGCGUGGGU